CCCCCUUCCAUUCGCCGCUCUCCCUCUCCCUCCCCAAUCACCGCACUGUUCCUUCCUUCCUUCCUUCGCCUCUCGAUCUUCAAGAUUGCAGCUUUUCUCCACACCUUUAGCGACGGCCGUCAGGGAGCUAAGGCGACGACGAGGGUUCGUUCCGUUUUCCAGAGAUUCUCAGUUUUAAUUAUCUCACCGGGUAAGUUAAUUAUUAGUAUAGUCAUUAAUCUUGUAUUAUCAAUACUUAUCCAGCUCAAUCAAUGGUGGCGGUGGUAAUUUCGAAGUAAAUCGCUUAAUGCUAACCUAGUUUUAUAGUACAAGCUUAAACCUCCUGAAGUUUUUUUUUUCUUUGUUGGAUAAAUAUGCUAUUUAUUUUUUAGUACGUGAUAAAUAUGAAUUAAAUACGUGAUUGUAGGAGAAUAAAAUUUGUUACUUGUUUUGGUUCGUUGGUGAUUCCUGAACAUAAACGACGUUUAGUAUUUUUCCUUUUUUUUCACUGCAUAUGAGGAUAUAUAGAAAAUAGAAGAUAUAUUACCUUUUUUUCUAUCAAAAUUCAGGCAUGUUAUUAUAAUAAUAAUUUAUUUACUUUCAUAUAUUUAUAUCCCAAAGCCUCAUGAUGAUGAGUUCACAGCUGGGUGGGAGGGGGGUUAAAAGGGUGGAAUUGAAAUGGGCAAUCAUGAUUUUUCUUUAUAUAUAUCCCAUUGUUUAUCUAUACUUUUGCUUUGUUUUCUCUUUUAUAUAAAUAAUAAUAUGAAGAUCCCUAUACCCAAAUAAUAUAAUUAAUAUUAGUGUAUAAUUCUUGUACGCUGAAUUUUAAGGUGAUCGGUUUGAAUUAUAAGAAUUUUUAGUCUUUUUUUUUUCUCCUUCUUUUAUUAUGCUGUUAAAUCAUUUUUUUCUCGACUGUUGGCAACAGGGUCUGGUUUGGUUGGGUAUGACUACAGAUACCAAGUUUUAGUGACAACAUUCCAUGUGCAAUUGCAACUAAGUACAAACGUGGAUUAGCUAGCAAUUAAGAUCACGAAAAUGGCGAUAGUUGGUGUGGAGAACUCAAACAUGUGGAUGGGAGCAGGGGCAUUAUUGUCAUCUGAGCAUGCUUCGGUCGUGUCGAUCAACUUGUUCGUGGUGUUACUGUGCACUUGCAUCAUAAUCGGCCAUCUGCUGGAAGAGAAUCGAUGGUUGAACGAAUCCAUCACCGCUCUCCUUAUAGGAAUUUGCACGGGAGUGGUGAUUCUCUUGCUGUCGAGAGGAAAAAGUUCGCGUAUUUUGGUGUUUAGUGAAGAACUGUUCUUCAUUUAUCUUCUCCCGCCAAUUAUUUUCAAUGCUGGUUUUCAGGUGAAAAAGAAGCGAUUUUUCAGGAACUUCUCGACAAUUACACUUUUUGGUGCAAUUGGUACUCUAAUAUCUACCGGUGUCAUAUCUGCAGGAGCUAUGUACUUCUUCAAGAAUAAGGACAUUGGUUAUCUGAGCAUAGCAGACUAUCUUGCUAUUGGAGCCAUAUUUUCUGCUACGGACUCUGUGUGUACAUUACAGGUGCUUAAUCAAGACGAGACACCAUUGUUAUAUAGCUUAGUGUUUGGGGAGGGUGUAGUGAAUGACGCCACAUCAGUUGUACUCUUCAACGCGAUCCAAAGCCUCGACUUCUCUCACAUCAGCUCGAUCGCUUCUCUCGAAUUCGUGGGCAGCUUUCUCUACUUGCUCAUCUCAAGCACCAUAUUAGGAGUACUGGUUGGACUACUAAGUGCAUAUACCAUUAAGACCCUCUAUUUUGGAAGACAUUCGACGGACCGUGAAGUUGCAAUAAUGAUUCUCAUGGCUUAUCUUUCUUAUAUGCUGGCCGAGCUAUUCUCCUUGAGUGCCAUUCUCACUGUAUUCUUCUGUGGGAUUGUGAUGUCACAUUACACGUGGCACAACGUGACCCAAAGCUCAAGGGUGACAACCAAGCACGCUUUUGCGACAUUGUCAUUUGUUGCUGAGAUCUUCAUCUUCCUCUAUGUUGGCAUGGAUGCUCUUGACAUUGAGAAGUGGAAGUUCGUGAGCGAUAGUCCUGGAACAUCAAUUUCUACAAGUUCAAUUCUACUGGGACUGGUUAUGGUUGGGAGAGCGGCUUUUGUCUUCCCUUUGUCCUUCUUAUCAAACCUGACCAAGAACUUCUCAUCCGACAAACUAACCAUCAAACAACAAGUAACGAUUUGGUGGGCAGGGCUAAUGCGCGGCGCGGUCUCAAUGGCUCUGGCUUAUAAUCACUUCACGCGUUCAGGAUAUACUCAACUACGCCCUAAUGCAAUCAUGAUCACAAGCACCAUCACCGUUGUCCUCUUCAGCACAGUGGUAUUUGGGAUGCUAACUAAGCCGUUGAUCAAAUUUUUGCUACCACCCACAAAACAAAUACUAGCUAGUGACAGCAUGGUGUGUUCCGAGCCAUCCAGUCCGAAAUCUUUGGCCAUCCCACUUCUACUGGACGGAGGAAACUCGGACGAUGAAGAGAGUUCGAACACGUUGCCUAGGCCAACGAGUUUGAGAAUGUUUCUGAGAACCCCUUCGUACUCGAUCCAUUACCAUUGGAGGAGGUUCGAUGACGGGUUCAUGCGACCUGUUUUUGGAGGUCGAGGCUUUGUGCCUUUUGUCCCUGGCUCACCUGUCGAGUCCGAUGAUCUUCAACAACAAUGGCUAAACUGAGCUUAUUAUAUAAGAAUGGGGCCAGUUAUUAUUUUCAGACUGGGCUUUGACUACACACUAAUGUAUUUACCAAAGAGAAAGAAAGGGAAAAAGUUAUAGCGAAAAGAGUGAGGUUUUUGGCAUUGCUAUGUUGGGUUAGUGAGUAUUGUGUGUGACAAAUUUUGUUGGUAACCAGGGGAGUGGGACAUUGGUGUUUUUUUGGGAGUGAUUAGUACAUGUGUGAUGCUUGCGUGAGCUUUGUUAACUAUUGAUUAGUACAUGUAUCAGGCUGAAUUUGUGGUAAAUUCUUGUUUAGAAGUACUCUUUUUUUAUCAAAUGGAUGCAACGUACAUUCUACCUUACAUUCAAAAUCGCUCGGGAUUCGAAAAUUCUCUAACAAUCGUACAUAGUUCAGUUACACAAAAUAGGAUCGGAUAGCAGGAAAAUAUUAGAACGUAAAAGCAUAAAAUGGCCUCUAGUAGCUAGGUAGUAUGCACACUUUCAUCCUCAUGUGUAUAUGUGGAUAACAGAAACAUCCCACUAUCAAAGAAGCAACUCAAAAGCUCUAUCCAGAAUGAUGAUGGUUGCUAGAAAUAGAAUCCUCACUCUGAAGCAGUUGACAAACACAUUCGAAGUCCAAUUCCAGCCUAACAUGGCGGUAACAAGCAUUCCAAGCUAAUUGCAGUCUUCUACAACGCCUGUUAACUUCACCUGGGUAAUAGAGCAAAUCCUAUGUUCAUUGCGAAUGCCAAGAGGCACUGACCUAAAUGAUCUAGAAGCGGGCCACCUGCUGCGGCGUGACCUAGUAUUGGUGUAAACAGAGCCAUCAGUAUUAUUGAGGGUGACACACUCUGGAAGUGGUGGCUUCCAAGAGAUAUCCACCUCCGUUUUUAUGGGCGGAUUAGGCUGAUGAAUGAACCCAUCCAUGUCCAAGGCGUGUCUCAUGACAUUUAACCAGGCUUGGAUGCGAUGUUGAAAGGUUUCAAUUGUAGUGAUCUUGCCUGCAAAGACUCGACAAUUUUGGUCUUCCAAAGAGACCAACAUGUAAGGCCAAAAAUAUUGAAUUAUGAGUGACAAUAAUAAUUGCUAGGGUCGGUUCAAAAUAAAAUUUGACUGAAUGG